AUGAAUUGUGAAGCUUUGAUGAAUCAAGAUGAGCACAUCCAAUCAAUUUUGCACAAACAAUCAAAGCAAAUGCGAAGUGAUUAUCAUAUUCGUCUCACUGCUUCGAUUGAUUGUAUUAGAGUUCUGUUGCGACAAGGGAAUUCAUUUCGGGGUCAUGAUGAGACUGAAGGUUCUCUUAAUCCGGGUAACUUUCUUAUUCAAUUGGAGUUUUUAGGUGCUCAUAACAAAGAGAUUAAUGAUGUGAUAUCGAAAAAUGCUCCUAAAAAUUGCAAGUUAACAUCACCGGAUAUUCAGAAGGAUAUAGUAAGGGCUUGUGCAACUGAAAUAAUUAAUGUUAUUAUCAAAGAUAUUGGUAAUUCAUUAUUCUCUAUUUUAGUUGAUGAAUCUCGUGAUGUGUCAAUGAAGGAGCAAAUGUCAGUUGUUUUGUACUAUGUUGAUAGUAGUGGGCAUAUAAAUGAGCUUUUGAUUGGAAUUGAACAUGUUACUAGUACUACAACACUCUCACUUAAAGCUGCUAUUGAUAAGAUGUUCGCUAAAUAUAAUUUGAGCAUAUCUAAUCUUCAACUAGCUCUUAUAGCUGUGGCCAAGAAAAAUCUUCCAAUUUCUAAUUUCUUUCGUAUUGUUGGUGAUGUGGUAAAUGUUGUUGGAUCAUCCUGUAAACGUUCUGAUCUUCUUAAGGAGAAACAUUCAGAUUUUAUUGUUGAGGCACUAGAGAGGGGUAAAAUUUCAAGUGGUCGAGGGCUUAAUCAAGAAACUACCCUUCAACGUGCUGGGGAUACACGUUGGGGGUCACAUUACAAUUCUUUGAACAGUUUGAUUUCUAUGUUCGCUGCUGUCAGUGAUGUGCUUGAAAUGAUUUCAGAAGAUGAUUCCAGUUCUCCUGAUCAAAAAACUGAGCUAUAUUUCUGUACAGAUUUCAUCAAUGUGGAUGAUAUUGGCUUGAUGCUUGAAAAUUAUGAACAACUUUUGAGUGUAUCUUAUAAUCAAGAAUCUUUCUGA